GAACGUUCAGGUCGUCCAAAUGAGGUCACUACACCAGAAAUGAUUGAAAAAAUCCGUGAUAUGGUAAUGAGUGAUCGAAGAUUGAAAGUGCGUGAGAUUGGUGAGAGUGUGGGCAUUUCAAUUGAACGGGUUAAUAACAUUUUGCAAAAUCAUUUGGAUAUGAGAAAGCUUUCCGCAAGAUGGGUGCCGCGAUUACUCACAACACACCAUAAACAAACACGUGUUUCCAUUUCAAAUGAUUGUUUAUCAAUGUUAAACGCAAAUCCCCAGGAGUUUUGGCGUCGAUUUGUAACUGUCGAUGAAACGUGGAUUCAUCACUCCACACCAGAGACCAAAGAACAGUCAAAACAGUGGACUCGUCGUGGUGAACCAGCUCCAAAGAAGGCAAAGGCGAUAUUAUCAGCAAACAAGGUUAUGGCCACAGUAUUUUGGGAUGCGCGUGGGGUUAUACAUAUUGAUUACCUACAAAAAGGAAAAACAAUUAAUGGCAAAAUAUUGGGUGAUUUUGACAAGGCUUUGAAGGAAAAACGUCCACAUUUGUUGAAAAAAAAAGUUCUUUUUCAUCAAGACAAUGCUCGUGUACACACAUGUGUCGUAGCCAUGUCUAAAUUCAAUGAAUUAGGCUACCAAAUGCUUCCUCAUCCGCCGUAUUCUCCAGAUUUGGCCCCCUGUGACUUUUUCCUCUUUCCUAAUCUUAAAAAGUGGCUCGGCGGGAAAAAAUUUAGCUCAAAUGAUGAAGUAAUUGCAGCAACAAAUGCUUAUUUUGAAGGGUUGGAGAAAACCUAUUAUUCGGAAGGGAUCAAAACAUGGGAAAAACGUUUGCUUAAGUGUAUCGAGCUAAAAGGAGAUAAUGUUGAAAA